AUUCCCUUCAUAAGGUAUAUUUUCAAAAUGCGGGUUUUGGACUUUUCAGCUCUGGGAUUCAAGAGCAGAAUAAAGAAAACGAUCAUAUAUGAGGCAUCAAGUUUGAUUGAUUCAGGCAGAAAAAAAAAUGGGAUUUUUGAUAAUAGGAAGUUUGAAAAAUUUUUGUUGGAUGUGUUAGCAUGCUCAAUUUUGGAGCUAAACGUCAUUGAGGUGAUGAAAUUGCUUAUGAUACUAAGAGUAUCCAUGUAUCAAUGGCCAAUCCUGACUUCUAAUGCGAAGAUGACUAGAUUCUCAUCGAACUCGACAAAACAACUUUCAAAUGCAAUUGUGAUAAAAAACAUGAUAGUAGCCUGUGAUUAUGGUGAAAUUCAUAACAUGGUCAAGAGGCAUAUUUUCAAUAGCAUGUUGGGACCUAAUGGUCAGAGAUACCAUCAUGGAAAACCUGUCGAAACAAUUGAGAGCUUGUCUGAAAAAAAAACCUCUACCAGCUUUGUUAAC